AGGUUGAACAUGGGCCACUGAACGUUGGACUUGGUGUUGUAUCUCGUGAUUUGCACUGCUUAUGGGUAAUUCACUUCGCUGUCUCCAUCUCGUGCGCAAGCGGAAAUUUGUUCCCAUCGAUGAACACAAGUCACAUACCGUCGUGCUGAAAUUUGCACCUAUCGCGUAUCCAGAAACCUUUGCUGAAGAUAUGGUGGAGAGCGGUGUCUGCAGUGAUGCCACGGGUGACACCGUGAAAGCCAACGACGACGACGAUAUAUCACCCGACAAUCUGAACGGCUCAGAAAACUCAACACCGAUUGUUGGUCGUUCCAAUGCGAGCACAGCUGAACAUGCAUCGAAUACAGGAGAUUCGGUUAACACCUCGGAUCGUACACCAAUUCAAAGGAGGUUCAAUUACGUGCCUGUGAAUACGGUAAACUUUGCGCUUCCUGAAGGAUAUUCAACCUCGCGCAGCGAUAUUGAAUUUCUUGGAUCGGGAGCUUAUGGCAAUGUAAUUAAGACUACAGUCGAAUGCCGCGAUGGAGCAGUUCGCGCAGUUGCAGUGAAGAAGUUUAGGGAUCCCUUUGGCGACCAGUUGCAGGCGCGUAUGAUCUAUCGAGAAAUCAAGCUGUUAAAAAUAAUGAGGCACGAUGGUGUUAUACGGGCGAUUGAUCUCUAUACCCCAAAUACUGUGGAGCACGAGUUCAAAGAUGUAUAUGUCGUCACAGAAUUUGCCGGAGAAAGUAUUCUAAAAAUAUUGCAUGAUCAGAAGGUCACUGGUACAACCCAUAUCACUCCUGAGCAUGUCCCUUUUAUUAUCUAUCAACUACUGAGGGUGCUCAAAUACAUACAUUCGGCUAAUAUUAUCCACAGAGACUUAAAACCGGGAAAUUUGGCGUUAACUCCUGAUAGUGAUUUGACAGUACUGGAUUUUGGUAUGGCCCGCUCCCUGGAGCGCACAGAGACUUCUCUUACACAGUAUGUAAUGACCCGAUGGUACCGAAGUCCUGAGGUUAUCUACUGGAAUAUUGCUGGUUACAAUGAACAGGUCGACGUAUGGUCGGUUGGAUGUAUCACCGCCGAGCUGAUGUUGGGAAAGCCACUCUUUCCAGGCGAAGAUACAAAUACUCAGUAUGAGAUGAUAACGACUCUUUGUGGGAGUCCAGACGAAGAUUUAAUGAGAAAGAUAGAAGCUACAAGUCCCGCAACACGCCGCGUAGUCGAAUCGUAUCCGCACCAUGAUCGUCAGAACUUCAAACAACGUUUUGCUGGUUGCCCACCAUUAUUCAUCGAUUUCCUCGAUAAAAUACUCGUCCUAGAUCCCGAGAAAAGGCUCACUGUAGAAGGUUCACUUUCACACCCUUAUUUCGCUGAUUACGUGGAUGCUAGCGACGAGCCAGUGGAAAAUUGUUCUUUUGACUUGAAUGACGAUCCCAGUAGGUCUAAAGAUGAGUGGAAAGGUAUCAUCUGGCAAGAGAUUCAGAACUUCGUUGGCGAUGAGGCUUCUCCGAAAAUCCCUUCGCAUUGAUCUUGUGCUUAUUUCCAUUCGCAGCAACUAUUAGGCUGUCUUUAAAUGUGGUCUGAAGACUGCGAUCUUCUUAUUGCGAUACGCAAUUCUUUGCGGGAUUCAAAAUCCGUUUUAUGUUCAGAUGCUGUUAGCAUCAGAGAUAGUUUCCAGGCAAAAGUGCUUUCUCCAUGUAAACGGUAACACAGAGUAAAUUUCUUUGACAAAGCCACCACUCCAGUAAUUCGAAGCUAGAAUGGUGAAUUUUAUUGCUGUGGAUGU